AUGGAAAGGUUCGGUGAAGGAAAUUAUGAUUACGGUGGAGGAUAUGGUCAACAAAGUGGCAGUAGCGAAUCAUACAAUCAAGGAGGAUACAUGACGAGACAAAUGAGUGCCGGUGUAAAACCUCCGAGGCCAAUGGUCGAUCCUAACGAAACGGGAGAAGUUGAUCCAGAAAAAUAUGGUCCAGCUAAAGAUGCCACACAUAAAAUCAGAGGAAAAUCAGAUGUUUUAGAAUUUUUAUUUGGUUCCGUCGACCAAGAACUACUCAUGGUCAAAACAUUUUAUUUUUUUUUCUAUUCUGCUUUUGGCUCAUUAUUUCCCCUGAUGGGAGUUUAUUUUAAACAAAUGGGUAUGAAUGCCGGUCAUUGCGGUUUACUCAUCGGUACCAGACCAUUCGUUGAAUUUUUAUCAGCACCUUUUUGGGGAAGUUAUGCAGAUAGGUGGCAAAAAGGUAAAACGCUUUUGUUAACAUCACUUGCUUGCUGGAUCGUUUUUACUCUACCCAUCGGAUUCAUACAACCUCCUGCAACGUCUUGCAUGGAAAGGAAAAACGAUGAAUAUACUCUUAAGGUUCCAGAAGUGACACGUCCUGGUUUAUUAAAAAGAGAAAUUCAUCUCGAUUCAUACGAUUUUAAUUUUAUUCCAAAUGAUAAUCUCGAUGUUCCUCACAUAGUUAAUAAACGAUCCAUCAGACCGAUAGCUAACAAAUCACCUGUUGAAGUAGGUUUGCUUAUACCUAAUUAUAACGAAAAAGAACAUAAAGAUUUAGUUUUACCAUCUUUUAGUUCGAUCGUUUAUCGCACGCAGGAUAUUCAAAAAGCAUUCUUUUUGCUUCUUUUAUUAGUCGUAAUAGGAGAAUUUUUCAGUGCUCCAGCGAUAACAUUAGCAGAUUCAGCUGUCAUAACAUUGCUGGGGGAAGAUGCUGACCGUUACGGACAUCAAAGAAUGUUUGGGUCUUUGGGAUGGGGUUUGGCUAUGUUUUUUGUCGGUAUUGCAUUGGAUCAUUCGACUUCUUUUCCCGAUCAUCCCUGCGGUCCUACACCGAUGGAAAAAAAUUACACAAUUUGUUUUGCUACGUUUAGUGUUUUAAUGGGAGCCGCAUUGAUAACGGCAACUCAAAUUAAUUUCAAGUAUGAAGAUCCACCCGAACCGACAAUCGAAAAACCUCCAGUUUCAAUAACACAAGAAGAUACUUUACAAAAUCAACUUGGACAACAGUUAGGAUUGCCAAAUUUAAAUACACCGAAUAUCAAUGCUCAGCCAGCACAGCCAGCACCUAAUAUUGGACAAACGAAAAUGUUUGCACAAACAACAAGAGAAAUGCCAGAAUGGGUUACGGUACUGAAACAAUUUAAAAAUUUAAAAUGUGCCUCUUUUCUUUUUGUUGCGUGGUUUAUGGGUUUUGGUAUCGGUUUGAUUUUCACGUUUUUGUUUUGGCACUUACAGGAUUAUGGCGGUUCUCCAACUUUAUUCGGAGUGGCAUCAGUAAUAAAUCACAUAUCGGAAAUUUUUGCUUAUUUCUUCAGUUUUCGAUUAAUAACUCAAAUGGGUCACGUUAAGGUAUUAUGCCUUGGCCUCCUUGGAAACGUUGUAAGAUUUUUAUACAUUUCUUGGUUGACAAAUCCAUGGUGGGUUUUACCAUUUGAAUUCAUGCAAGGUAUAACCCAUGCCGCUGUUUGGGCAGCUUGUUGUUCCUACAUAGCCCAUAAUACUCCUCAUCAUUUGAGAUCAUCAGCGCAGGGAGUUUUGCAAGGUAUCCAUCACGGUUUGGGUCGUGGAUGCGGUGCUGUGAUCGGUGGAAUCUUAGUAAAUUACUGCGGAAGUACAAAUACCUUCCGUGGUUACGGUUUUGCAUGUGCUUUGAUACUCGGAGGAUUUGUCUUCAUUAACUUUUAUCAUAAAGAUGUUGGAUUCGUAUCGGAUCUUCCUCCAACUGAAGAUCCACAUCAGGUAGCAGAAGAAACGUCCCAUCUUGCUCCUCACGGAGUUCCAAGUAAUCCAAUUCCAAGAGCAUUGUCAAGCACUAGAAUCCACGAUUUAGGAAACGAUGAACAAAGUACUUACGGAUCAACUUAUCAAACGGCUGAUGGUAGUUUAGGAAUACCAGGACAAAUGGGUGGUAAGUAA